AUGAAAGCGUCUUGCUCUGGCUUUGCGUUGAUCAGGGCAUCUGCCUCUCUGCGAGGCGCUUUUCAGGGCCACAAAGACCUGCAGCAAUUGAUUGCAGCUGACACAAAUGCCAAGCGAGCGUGGAAGACGUACCUCCACGCCCAGUACGAAGUCCACAAGUGCCUGCUGAAAUGGGCGGAGAAGCAGUCACCGCAAGUACAGCAGCGCGUGGGUUCCGUGGCCACCAUUCAGUUUAUGCUCCUUGACCGCGAGCGGGCGCUCGGAGACAGAAUCAAGGCGAGGAGACAAGUCUUCGAGAACAUCCUCUCCAAGGAGAGGAUAUGCGACACAUUUCGGCGUGACCGGCAGCGGUUGAAUCGGCAGCUGGCGUCGCUCCAGCGCGAGCAGCAGCGAAAGAGCGGGCGGAGAGGCGGAACAGCGGCAUCCCUGGCCACCAAGAUUCAACAGAUGAACGAACGUAUCCAGGUGACGGUUUCGCAGCUCUCACAGCUUGAGGAUGAACUGCAAGCGCUUAUCGACCACAAAACACAGGAGGUGUUUGUGCGCUAUAUGGAAGCAGAGAAUGAGCUGUUGCGAUUGCGCGCGAGCGUUAACGAGUGUGUCAAGGCAUUUGUGCUUGGUGGCGAUCCCGCGUUAAUGGACACGGCGCAACAGUUGGUACAACAGGCUGGCACCGAGCAGCAGGAGCCAGUCACCAUCGAGGCGGCACGCCGACGCCUGAGCAUGGUCAGCCUACGAAGCGCUUCCAUCUCGGAAGAUCCGCCCCCAUACUCGCCCACAUGA